AUGGCUUCAAUUCUCACAGCAGUGGGCCUUUUCGGCACUCCCGCCGCCCCGCUCCCCAAUUACAGCCCCUUCUUCAUCGGCUGGCAAUUCGUCUACGCCUACGGCCUCCUCUCCUCGCGCACCCUGAAGCAAUGGUACGGUCUCGAUCAUCAGGUCGCUCCGCGCGAAGACUUGGCGAAAUAUGGCGAGGCUGCUGUGCGCGACGGCAAGAUUACGCGCCGACAGCUAGCGAUGCUAAAGCGGAAUGAGGCUGCCCAUGCCAAUUCGGUCGAGAAUUUCCCGUUCAUUGCGACUAGUCUGGCGCUGGCGUCGUUUGCGGGGGUUCCGGCACACGUCAUUAAUGCGGCUGGGUUGUCGUAUACGAUUGCACGGUUGGUGUAUGGGGCUGUUUAUAUUCUUAUUGAUCAUCCCACGUGGAGCCAGGUGAGGGGGCUGGUGUGGUGGUGGGGCAAUUUGAGUUGUUUAACCUUGUUGUGGUAUGCUCAGAAACAGUUCAUCGGGCAGGCAAGCUUAGCUGGAUCGAGUAUGAGGUGA